CAUGCCACCUGUAAACACCUGUUGCUCUACGGUCAGUGUCACUGUCAGUGUCAGCCUUGCACUGAAGAUCAGAGAUAGAGUUAGCAGAGGAACUUAUCAUUUUCUUGUCAAGAUGCCGCACACAUCGGCUUCGAUAUACGACACAAAUGGUGUAAUUUGUGAUCGUAAACUUCUGAGUAUCUCAACCGUGAUUGGCCAACGCUACCCAGAGCUCGGGAUCAAGCUUGGAAUCACCAUGGAGCAAAUAAUGGCAGUCAGAGCGAGAGCGCCAAACAACCUCCAGCAUCAAGUCUUCCACACCCUGGACUUGUGGAGGAAACGGGACGGGAGGGAGGCCACACUGGAGAAGUUGAACCAAACCUUAAAGGAACUCGGAUGGACAUCGGUGAUGACGCAAAUAAGAAACACUCCGGAUAAUUUCUACGUUGUUACCUGAAAAGUUGGAAGCUAUCUUUUCUUCAAAACAAGUGUUUCUAUGCCAUAUGUGUACGGCUACCUGUGUGAUCUACAGCUGUUUAUUCAGGCCUGAUACUUCACGUAGGCAACAAAGGCGAUUGCCUCCAUGCCCCCAGUAAUUGUAUUGGUGCCAUUAAAGUGCUCCAGUAAAAAUUAUACUUGCAAUUUCUUCAUAGGGUGCCCUUUACCGAGGACAAAAUGCCUUGGCGCCUUGCCCUUCCAAAAACUUCUGUAUCAAGUUGCGAAAGGGUUUAAGUGUAGCCCUCCAGUACAGUGGAGCAGGGGACCUGGACCGAGGGUGCAUGCUCCCCGUCCCCCCCCCCCCUCCCCCACCCUUUCAGAAUAAGAUUAGAAACUGAGGUGUAAACAGAUUUUCUUUAGAAAAAAAUGUUUUACACUGUACUUGUGUAUGACUAACUGUGCGAUGAUCUACAGUAAAUAAUUGAGCCGAAUUGCUGAACUCGUUUUCAUCCAAUCUGAAUUCGUGAGGAACUUUCAUAUAGCUGUAUGUCAGGCUUUGAUAUCAGCCUGAGUAUGGUCGUGCUGAUGAUAAUGUGUUAAAAGAGAAGCAUUGGCUGAAAGCGUUCAGGGUUCUGUUUCCUGUUUGAGUUUGUUUUCCAUCUUAGGGUGCUUUGAAUAUCGUUUGUGAGUCUAGUUCAGAUCCAGGUCUAGGAGGUCUGUAUCAGUUAAAGUCUAUUAAUUUGAAAAAAGUAGUUGAACAGUAGUAAGUCACAACAACUAUUUGUGUGUGCAUCUGUAGAGUCGUAUUGAGUUUACCUGUUGAGACCCUGUGUGAAACCUCACUAAACAAAAUAAUAAUCUGAGGUUUGAUUGUUAUAGGGUGCCCUUUGCCAAGGACAAACUG